AUGCCUCGUCCUAUCAUACCAAAUCCUUGGCAAAUCGGUGAUUCAGAUAGCGAUGGGGAAAUUAAUAACGGAUACGAUGCAUUCAUGUCGUUGCCACCAAAACCAACAAAAUCAAACACUUUAGCACGAAGAAGUGAACCAAUACUUCCUGAUUGGCAUCCAAUAGACGAUGAGAUAAAAAAUAAAGGAAAAUUUGGCAUCACGAAGACAACGCCAUUGUUUGAGAAAGGACCAUCAUCUCAUAAACCAGUUUUCUCGGGAUUCAGAGAUUUAAAACAAUCAUUACCAUCAUCUCAUACAAACUUACGGUCAAUGUCAGAACAUAAAACGCCGUUACCUCUCCCUACACUGUCAAGUUUGGAUCCGAUUUCAUCUAUCGAACAAGAUUUAACAAAAUUUAUUUACAUGAACAUACCAGAAGAUCAUUCAUCAUUUAUUCAUUGUACUCUUCGACGUGAUAAAACUGGUAUACAAAAAGGAUUUUUCCCAACAUUCUAUUUAUAUAUUCAUCGUCCUGAUAAUGGAAAAAAGAUUUUUCUCUUAGCAGCACGAAAAGUACCUAAAAUAAGUAGUCUAGCCGAAUAUUUAAUUACAACUGAUAUUGAAACCCUAUCUGAAAAAUCAGGUGGUAAUGGAUGCGUUGGAAAAUUACGAGAAAAUAAUUUGAAAGGUACGGCCUAUACAUUGUAUGACAAUGGUAAAAGUCCCAACAAAGUAAAGAAGUCCAAUGCUAACAAGAAACACGGUUUACGGCGUGAACUAAUAUCUGUAUUCUAUAAUACGAAUCUUUUUGGUCUCAAAGGUCCAAGACAAAUCAAUGCUGUAAUACCUGAAAUCGGUUAUGAUAUUCAACCAACAAAGUAUGAGGAUACAAUUCUUGAUCUAUGGCGAGAUAGACGACUCAGUUAUUUGAUUCAAUUACGAAAUCGAGAACCAACGCCUAACGAGGGAAAAAAAGGUCAUACACUUCAAUUCAUUGGUUAUGAUGAAAUUCAAUCAUCAGUUAAAAACUUUCAAAUAAUUGUGGAAAAUAAAGAUCAUGAAGAACAGAUUGUUAUGCAAUUCGGUCGUACGGGAGAUAAUACAUUCCUGCUAGAUUAUCGUUAUCCUCUUUCAGCUAUUCAAGCGUUUGGUAUUGCACUGAGUGCAUUCGAUAGUGGAAUAUCACGAGAAUGA